AUGAUCCUUUGCUGCCACCUGGGGGACAUGCAUUUAGCUUUCAAAGGUCUGAUAACCAGAUGGUUAGCCGUGAAUGACUUUGAGUUAGCUUUCACAGGUCUGAUAACCAGAUGGUUAGCCGUGAAUGACUUUGAGUUAGCUUUCACAGGUCUGAUAACCAGAUGGUUAGCCGUGAAUGACUUUGAGCUAGCUUUCACAGGUCUGAUAACCAGAUGGUUAGCCGUGAAUGACUUUGAGCUAGCUUUCACAGGUCUGAUAACCAGAUGGUUAGCCGUGAAUGACUUUGAGCUAGCUUUCACAGGUCUGAUAACCAGAUGGUUAGCCGUGAAUGACUUUGAGCUAGCUUUCACAGGUCUGAUAACCAGAUGGUUAGCCGUGAAUGACUUUGAGCUAGCUUUCACAGGUCUGAUAACCAGAUGGUUAGCCGUGAAUGACUUUGAGCUAGCUUUCACAGGUCUGAUAACCAGAUGGUUAGCCGUGAAUGACUUUGAGCUAGCUUUCACAGGUCUGAUAACCAGAUGGUUAGCCGUGAAUGACUUUGAGCUAGCUUUCACAGGUCUGAUAACCAGAUGGUUAGCCGUGAAUGACUUUGAGCUAGCUUUCACAGGUCUGAUAACCAGAUGGUUAGCCGUGAAUGACUUUGAGCUAGCUUUCAAAGGUCUGAUAACCAGAUGGUUAGCCGUGAAUGACUUUGAGUUAGCUUUCACAGGUCUGAUAACCAGAUGGUUAGCCGUGAAUGACUUUGAGUUAGCUUUCACAGGUCUGAUAACCAGAUGGUUAGCCGUGAAUGACUUUGAGUUAGCUUUCAAAGGUCUGAUAACCAGAUGGUUAGCCGUGAAUGACUUUGAGUUAGCUUUCAAAGGUCUGAUAACCAGAUGGUUAGCCGUGAUUUGGUACACAGGAUACAAAAACAACUCCCACAAAGGGAGGCAGGUUCCCAUAGAAACAAGACGCUUGAAAACACUGCUGGAAGGAAAUCUGUUUUUAUUUUAG